AUGGCCGAAACGUACCAGGUGCUGGAGUGUGCCGAACUUGGCCGCUACGGUGUGACCAGCCGGGAUCUAAAAGCGGGCGAGUGGCUUUUCGACGAGCGCCCGUUUGCGGUCGGUCCCAAACUGGACAGUCCACCGCUUUGUCUGGAGUGUUGUUGUCCGGUGGAUGGUGCUGAAGGUGGCCCCCGGUGUCCGCGGUGUGGUUGGCCGCUGUGUGAGGAAUGCGCCGAGUCCGAGCGGUUACCGUAUCACGGACCUGAGUGCGAAGUGUUCGCGGCUAGCCGGGUGCGGUUCCGGUGCGUGGACGAUUCGACGGCUGGUUGCGUGCAGCUCGAUUGCGUAACACCGUUGCGGGUGUUGCUCGCGAAGGAGGCUGAUGAGGCGCGAUGGAAUCGAGAGAUCGAACCCAUGGAAUAUCAUGAUGGCGAGCGGCGUGAAAGCGCCAACUGGAAGGUGGAUGAGCACAACAUCGUCGCGUUUCUGCGCGGUCCUUGCGGGUUGGCUGAGCGGUUCUCAGUGGAGCUGGUGCAGCGUGCCAUUGGGUUGUUGGAUGUGAAUGCGUUCGAAGGUCGUACCAGCAAUGGGUACAGCUUGCGAGGGCUUUAUCCACGACUUGCCGUUAUGGCACACAGCUGCGUACCGAACGUGGUGCAUCUGAUUCAUCCGAGCGAUGGUUUCAGGCUGGAAGCACGGGUCGCUGUAGACGUCCCGGAAGGCGAGAAGCUCUACACGACGUAUACGUACACGCUAACCGGUACGAUCGCCCGACAAUCGAUCCUGAAGGUGAGCAAAUUCUUCACCUGCCACUGCAACCGUUGCCUCGAUCCGACCGAGCUGGGAACUCACUUCAGCACGCUGCUAUGCAGUAAGUGUAGCGGAGGCUUCAUCACCUCAUCGAAUCCUCUUGAUGAGAACGCAGAGUGGAAGUGCGCCCAGUGCGAGUUCAAAACGUCCGGGGCCGCCGUUCAGAAGGCCGUCCUGACGAUGCAUAACGAGAUCGAUGAGCUCGCGUGUCUCGAGUAUGACGGUGGCCGGCUCGAGGCGUACGAGCGGGUGUACAAGAAGUACCGUAGUGUGUUGCACCCGAUGCACUUUAUCAACACCUCCAUCCGGCACAGCUUGAUCGAGCUGUACGGGCGUAUUCCCGGGUACGAGAUGGCCGAACUGCCGGAUAUGCUGCUGGAGCGUAAGGUCGCGCUAUGUCGGGACAUCCUGCGCGUGUUGGAUGUGUUCGAACCCGGGAAGUCCCGCGCACGGGCUAUGGUGUUGUAUGAACUGCACGCACCGCUCAUUAUGCUCGCCCAGUCAGCGUUCACAAGGGGCGAGGACAAUCGGGAUGGGAAAUCGCUUAAAGAACAGCUCACGGACGCGGCUCAGAUACUGGACGAGUGUGGUUCGAUUCUCGAGUGGGAAGAUCCAGCCACACCCGAGGGUAUCCUGGCGAAUGUUGCGAAGCAAUCCUUGGUGCAAUUGCGCCAGAGCAUCGACACCCUCGAUUGAGGUGCGUUGGUGUUCUCUCGCUUGGGUUUCUUCCAUCGAGUUGUGAUGUGUACCUCUUCAGUGCCACUUGCCUCACGGAUGGCUGGAAGGCGCGUGCAUGCGUUUUUCCGGGUCCGAGGCAGUACGCGAGUGCUGCAGUUUAGUGUCUAGGUGUUUUUAGUUAUAAUCAUGUGUCGUGGGUGCUGCCGCGUGCGCGAGCGGCUAGUGUGUUUCUCCGUUCCAGCCGUAUUUGUCUAAUGUUGUUUUAACAAAUGUACAACAAUAAAGUCCGCACGAAUGUAUCAACGAGUCGCAGGCAGUUAAAAGUAAUC